AUGGAAGACAGGGGACCCCCAAAGGGGGAGAAACAUCACCACCACGUUGGUAGGGGUGGUAGGCGUCACAGCCCCGAUGAUUGGCACAAUCGGCAUGAUCGCCAUGAUAAUAACCGCUAUGAUCAUACCCGCCGUGAUAAUAACCGCUAUGAUCAUACCCGCCGUGACCGGGGGGGCAACAGACACUCCUACUGGAGGGACGAACCCCCAAAGGGCGAAGACAACCCAGUGGAAAUGCCAUACCAUAGCGAAACGUCCGAGCGCAAUGAAAAGAAAAAGAACCAGUUUGAAAAAUCACGUUAUCACUACUAUAAUAGGCGAGCCGAUGAAAAUAGCUAUUUUGGCGAGUCGCAGCGCGUUGCCAAGACAAGCAAUAAAAGGAAACACUCCCCGGACAAAACAAGCGAUCAUAGUUAUCGCACUGGUAAAGGGACAAAGGAAGGGACCAACCAGGGGGAGGAAGAAGGUGUAAGCAGCAGGAACAACAAUCAUGUGAAAAGUUUUAAAACUGAAAGGGAACCCACCCCGCAUGAAAAACGUAGCAGUGAUGAAGGGGGAAGGAGCAGGGAGAGAAUGAGAAGCCAAAACAGUCAUGAGAGGCAUCUCCAGCAAGGUAAGGACAACGUGGGGGGGAAGAACGGAGGAGACUGGGACGAAUGCGAAAGCGAGGAGUUUGGAAGUGAUAUACAAGGGAGCGACGAGGGUCGAAGUGACGGGGAACGAAGCGAUGGACUCCCCAGCGAUGCCGAGGCGAUGAAAGUGCAUGGGCUGCUGAACGGGUGCCGAAGCGUAAAAAACUACAGGCGAUUGAACAAAAUAAGCGAAGGGACGUACGGAGCAGUGUUCCGGGCACAAAACAAAAAGACGAAGAAGAUAGUGGCGCUGAAACAAAUGAAGAACUUUUCGAGCAUGCGCCACGAAGGGUUUGCAAUCACAUCCCUUCGGGAAAUAAACAUACUGCUCCAAUUGUACCAUGAAAAUAUUUUAUCAGUAAAGGAAGUAGUGAUAGGCAAACACCUAAAUGACAUUUACCUAGUGAUGGAAUAUGUAGAGCAUGAGUUGAAAAUGCUCUUAGACAACAAAACCCCGAGCUUCACCAUCUCCGAACUGAAGUGCCUACUGAAGCAACUACUCAGCGGUGUUGAUUAUCUGCACACCAAUUGGGUCAUGCACAGAGAUUUAAAAACGACGAAUCUGUUGUAUAGCAAUAAAGGCGUCCUAAAAAUUUGCGAUUUCGGAAUGGCGAGAAAAUUUGGCCAUAUAAAUAAUCACAACAUCACAAGGAAUGUCGUAACAUUAUGGUAUAGAGCCCCAGAAUUGCUAUUAGGAGAAAGGUGCUAUACAAAUAAAAUCGACAUAUGGAGUGUUGGAUGCAUUUUUGCUGAAAUGAUUCUUAAGAAGCCAUUAUUUAUUGGGGAAAACGAAAUUGACCAGAUUUUAAAAAUAUUAAGCUUGUUAGGUCUACCAGAUAGGGAAGACUACCCUGAAUUUUAUGAAUACUCCUUUAUUUCCAAAAAUAAAGAACUUUUUAAAAAGAAAAAAAUUAAAAUGAACGUCACCAAAAUACGCUCCCAUUUCCCCAAUGUUGCUAACCAGUUCUCGGGCCUGUACUUGUCAGACACUGGACUGGACUUACUACAACAGUUGCUGCAUUUUAAUCCCAGAAAUAGAAUCUCCGCGGCGGACGCUUUAAAACAUCCCUACUUUAAGGAAUUUCCCAAACCCUUGGACAUUGGCGACAUGCCCAUUAUCCCAGAUACCAAUAAGGUUAUUCGGUCGAAAAAAAUGACUAGCCAGUAUAAGCUCAUCGGCCAGAAUAAUAUACGCUUCCAUUCGUAA